AUGUAUGCUGGAGCGGGCCGGACAAGGAGUGCUGGGACUUUGGGAGCUAGGGAAAAGGUUUUCUUCUUCUUCAUCUUCAUCUUCAUCUUCUUCUCUUCAUCCGAAUUCCCAUUCUAUAUACCCAUACAACCAUCCAUCCAUAUCCAUAUCCUUGUCUCUCCCUUGUCCGCCAUCCUUGUCCCUGUCCAUGACCAUGUCCAUGUCCUCAAAACCCAGUACCGCCAACACCAACAACAACAACAACCACCAACAUACACAGAUAGACCAGCCCAUGUCUUCAACGGCUCUACAUACCCAGCAUACCCCCCAGCCUCUUCAGCAACCACCACCACCACCGCCGACAAACGCGCAGCAGAAGAUGAUACCCCCAACCAUUCCUCCCACCACCAGCAACAAUUCAAAGACCUACCCGAGGGCAAACGACGCAAGUUCAUUCUCGUCGAAGAUCCGCAGCGUUCAUGCAGGGUGCGCGUCAAGGUCAUGCUCGACCAGGUAGACAUGAAAGAGAUCCCGGACUCAUAUCGCAAGGCCAACUCCGUCUUCCCUCGCACAUAUGUCCCCGUCCAUUCACCGUUUGCUCACCACCGCCGAAAGGGGGAUCGGUUCAUGAAUGACGACGAUGAGUCGCAGCCCGCGGGCAGACUGGUUGCGGGCAGUAGCAGUGCAGACGCAGACGAAGAUGUCACGGCGGGGAAGACGAGUGUGCCUAUGGCCAUGCUGGAGGGAGAAGAAGUGCUUGUCCCGCGUCUGACGAGGGCGAAGAAAGAGAGAGAAGAGCUGCUUAAUGAUAUGGGGUAUCGCAUGAGCUGGGGGCAGAGUAGAGUCUUUGCGGGCAGGAUGCUCUUCCUACAACGAUCAAUGGACGCGUAUCGCAACAAGAUGAGAAACAGCAUGUUGACGGCCGGCCAUGAGACCAGCGAGAUAGCGCCUUACUUUGAGACUCGCGUGGGCAAGCGACGAUGGCUCGACAGAGGCCGUAAAGCAGACGCCAAAGACAAGGACUCUACUGCUGCUACCACUGCUGUGUCUGCGGUGUCUGCUGCCUCUCCGCCGGCGGUGCUCACGACUGCCUCCUCCCGGUCCGCUGAGGAGGUCGAGUAG